GAACAUUUCAACAGAACUGGCAAUACUUUUGUGAAUAGUGGAAAAUUAGCUGGAAAAUGCUACCCUACUCGUCGUACGCGGCAGCGCUGGAUCAGAUUCACAGCAUCAACCAGGAGUUGAGCCUGUUGGGGAGUUCCGGCGGUCGGUACUUUCCGUUGGACGUCGGUGUUGGUGGGUUUGUUGGGCCGCAGCCGGGGGGAUAUCUGGGCCUGAAUCAGUGGUCGUUGCCGUUUUCGUUCCUGAAGGCUGCCCACAGGCCGGAAAAGCCACCUUUUUCGUACAUUGCGUUGAUCGCGAUGGCCAUCAGCAGUGCGCCGAAGCAACGGUUGACGCUAAGCGGGAUCUACAAGUACAUCAUGGACAACUUCCCGUACUACCGCGAAAACAAGCAAGGCUGGCAGAACUCGAUUCGGCACAAUCUAUCCCUGAACGAUUGUUUCGUCAAAGUUCCACGUGACAAGUCGUCCCCAUCGCGGUCCGGAUCUUCGUCCGGUAGGACCUCCACCGAGGGAGCAGAACUCAGUGAUGGCGGUGGAAGCAACGGUUCUAGUGGUGCUGCUGGUGGUGGCAAAGGCAGCUACUGGAUGUUGGACCCGUCGGCAAACGACAUGUUCGAGCAGGGAAAUUACCGCCGGCGAAGGACGCGCCGCCAGCGGAGCGCCAAAAUGAUCCUCAACGGGCACUUUCAUCAGUCCGCGCCACCCCCACCGCCCUUCGGAAUGGCCUUCCCCCCGACGUCGGUGGCCGCAGCAGCCGCGGCGGCGGCCCUCGCGACUGCAGAAUUUAUUAAAACAACGUCCCAGGCCACCGGCGGCAGUUCCAUCAGCUCCAACUCCAGCGGCAUUCCGGACGAUUUUCAUCAUCUGAUAGGCGGCCACAAUUUGGACGGCGUCGUAUCAAACUGCUAUCACUCGAUGUCGCUGCUGCCGUCGUUCCCCGCGGCCAGUUCCGGCCAACGGACGACUUCAUUACCUGGGCACCGUCCUGGCCAAGUGCCGCUGUCACCGUGUCCGUCGACGAGCUCUUCACCGGCGGAGCAGUUCGAAGCUUCAGGUGGUCCGCCAAUUUUGGCAAAUGGAAUCGUAAAACGAGAUUUUGAUGAAGCCACCGAUAGUGGCGCCCCCGGUGAAGGUGCCCUAACGGGCCUUCCGGGAGUUGGCAUUGGCCACCAGGCCACUGCUGCGGUGGCUGAUAAUUAUUUAGAUAAUUUUCAAUCGAAUUUUCCCUCGCUGGACGCGUUUCUUGGUGAGCUGAACGCGGUGCAGAGUGGCGCCACGAGUCAGGCAGAUCUGCAGCGUGAUGGAAGUGGUAUCAACGCCACGGGAAGUACUUGCCUGCGGGUUCCAGCAGGUGGUUUUCGGUCGAGCAAGAGUGCUACUGGCGGUUUAAGGUCGAGCAGUUUUACGAUCGAGAGUAUUAUGCGAAAGUAGUGGUGUAAGUUGGGUUCAUUGGGGAGUGCAUUUUUAA